CCAAGCACGCGUGUUAUCGCGUGCUGUCUGCGCAUGCUCUCUGCCCGGCUAUCUCUUAUCGGGUAGCCCGUGCUGGCUUUAAAAGACCGCUCGCACGGGCCCACCGCGCGCAGUAUGUAACCUGUUGGCUGCCUGCCAAGUAGCAGGAAUAAACGUUCUUUCGACGCUACGUCUACGCCGCCCAGUUCUUGGAUGCCAGACAUGACAUAUUGGCGACGAGGAUGGGAUGACCGCCGUACGGAAUUCGCAGUGUGAAGAACCUGGCCUCUGUGUAAAAGCUUCCCGCCACGAAGAUUUCCCUGCGGUGAAAUUCCUGAAACUGGCAUCACGGCAGCCGAAACUUCCAAGUGAGUCAUGAGUCACAUCGGCCACAUUGAACCUUUCGACGAGACCACGAGUGACUGGCGCUCGUACGAGGAAAGGUUGAAAGCCUAUCUUUUGGUCAACGAUGUUCCAGUAGCAAAGAAGGUUCCUGCGUUCCUGAGUCUCAUCGGCGCAAAGACCUACGCGCUGCUCAAGUCGCUGACGGCACCGGACGCACCGUCGUCACGAGAGUUUGACAGUCUCCUGAAACUCCUGAGCGAUCACCUGGCACCGCAGUCGUCUGUCAUCGCAGAGCGUGCUAAAUUUUACAAGCGGUCACAGCGAAGCGGUGAGUCCAUUACCGAAUUUGUCGCGGAACUUCGAAGGCUGGUGCAGAGUUGCGAAUUUGGAAGUUUCUUGGAUGAAGCGCUCCGGGACUGUUUCGUUUGCGGCCUGCUCCGCGAGGACAUUCAGCGUGUGUUGUUCACGGAAGACAAAAAGCUAACCUUCCAAAAGGCCGUAGAUAGAGCUCUUGCCAUGGAAACUGCAACGAUUAGCGCGGCGUUCACGCAUAACAGCGCAUCCCCGGCGUACGAAGUGAAUAAGGUUCGAGGCGAAAAGCAGUCUGUGAUGUCGGCAAGCUGCUUCCGUUGCGGGUCACCCAAUCACUCUAGCGAAGCAUGCCCUCAUAUCGGCGAUACAUGUUACAAUUGUAACCGAAAAGGGCAUAUUCAACGCGCCUGCAGGAAAGGAAAGAAAGCUAGGGAGGCAAAGCUCCGGAAACGUGUGAAGAUGCUCACGUCCGUCCGAAACGAGUCGUCUGUCUCACUUAAAUCAUUCAACGCAGACCCAUUUACUGUACCCGUGAACGUUGACGGUGUCCUACUGACGAUGGAGCUUGACACCGGCGCAGCCGUAUCCGUCAUAUCAUGGCGCGAAUUCCAGAGGUUGUUUCCACGUAAGCGACUUCAGCCAGCAUCGUUAAAGCUGCGCACGUAUACUGGGGCCAUAGUAAAACCGAAGGGUCUGGCGAAAGUCGUCGUGCGCCACAACGACCAGUGCGUGGAGCUUCCCCUGUACGUCGUGGACUCUACAGGACCGGCACUCCUCGGCAGAGAAUGGUUGCAAGAUAUUCGUUUGGAUUGGAAGAACCUAGUUUUUUUUAAUCACCUUGGUCUCUCUCGAGAAAUAUCAAAGCACUGGCAAGAAAAGCUGGAAGCCAUGCUAGAAAGCCAUUCCAAACUUUUCAAGGAUGAGCUAGGUACCAUCACGGAAGAGCAGGCCGAGCUUGUCCUUCGCGAAGGGUCACAGCCGAAGUUUGUAAAGGCAAGAAGCGUUCCCUUUGCUCUGCAACGUGCAGUAGAAGCGGAACUUGUGAAAAUGGAGAAGCUUGGCAUCAUAACGCCUGUUGCUACAAGCGAAUACGCAACGCCCUUGGUACCGGUAGUGAAGAGGGAUGGAAGCCUCCGACUGUGUGGCGAUUAUAAAACCACCGUCAAUCCCUGUCUAGAAGUAGACCGCUACCCGCUACCUCGGAUAGAUGACCUUCUCGCAGCGCUUGCAGGAGGGGAGGAAUUUUCGAAGAUUGACCUGAGUAGGGCCUACCAGCAGGUAGUUAUGGCGGAAGGCUCCCGGAAACUACUGACGAUAAACACGCAUAAGGGCUUGUAUACUAUGAACCGUCUGGCUUUCGGCAUUUCGUCCGCCCCAAGCAUAUUUCAAAGAAUUAUGGACAACAUGCUGAAAGGGUUGGAAGGAGUCAGUUGCUACCUUGACGACAUCCUGGUCACAGGCAAGACCAAGCGAGAGCACUUCCGUAACUUGGAAGCCGUCUUGUCAAGAUUGCAGGAACGCGGUGUGCGCAUCCGGCGCGAUAAGUGCUCGUUCUUUCAACGAGAGCUCCGUUAUCUGGGCCACGUCAUCAAUGCCGAGGGUGUUUGCGCAUCGCCUGAAAAGGUACUGGCACUACUAAAUGCGCCUGCUCCAAAAGACAAGCAGCAACUGCAGUCAUUCCUUGGGAUGGUCAAUUAUUACGGCAAGUUUGUUCAGCGUCUCUCGACUUUGGCACAGCCGUUGUACAGGCUGCUAAAGCAAACAACGGAGUGGACGUGGGAUGCGUCAUGCCAGCUUGCUUUCACGGAGAUAAAAGCAGCUAUGGCUUCCCCUCCAGUUCUUGCCCAUUAUGAUCCGAAGCGACCGCUUCAACUUGCCUGCGACGCAUCUCAGUACGGUAUAGGCGCAGUUCUUUCGCAGAAAAUGAUAAAUGGAUCAGUUCGACCGGUUGCCUACGCAUCCCGCACCUUGUCAAGUGCCGAAAAGAACUACAGUCAGAUCGAGAAAGAAGCCCUUGCCCUCGUAUUCGGCGUAAAGAAGUUUCACUUCUACGUCUACGGUAGGUUCUUCACGCUUGUGACUGACCAUAAACCACUGCAAACAAUUCUCGGCCCGAAAACAGGCAUUCCCGCGAUGGCAGCUGCCCGCAUGCAGCGUUGGGCGCUGACGCUGUCAGCCUACAACUAUGCUCUUGAAUUCAAGAAAUCUUCCGAUAAUGCGGAAGCAGACUGUUUAUCGCGCUUGCCGCUCGACAGCAGCGAAAAGCAAUCAGAAGAAGAAAGCGAAAUUUUUUAUUCGCUUCGUUUGGAAACGCUGCCUGUCACAGGCCAAGACAUCGCUCGUGAAACGAGGCGUGAUCCAUUACUAAGCAAGGUACUGAACUUCACAAGUGCUGGCUGGCCGUCGCAUGUCGCUGAGAAGGAGUUGAAACAUUUCUUCGACAAGCGUUUGGAGCUCACAGUUCAUCAAGGGUGUUUAAUGUACGGCAUGAGAGUAGUUGUGCCUUCAAAACACCGAGCCUUCUUGCUUGAGGAACUUCAUCAGGGUCAUCCCGGUAUCGUAAGAUGCAAAGAACUCGCGAGGAGCUACGUCUGGUGGCCUGGUAUCGACGCGGACCUAGAGCAACACGUGAAGAAAUGUGAAGAGUGUCAACAGCGACGGAACGAACCAGCACCGGCUCCGCUUCAUCCAUGGUCAUGGCCGACUUCGCCGUGGCAAAGAGUUCACUUGGAUUUUGCUGGACCCAUGAAAGACAAAAUGUUCCUUGUUGCUGUGGACGCACACUCAAAAUGGCCGGAAGUUUAUGUCAUGCAGAGGACUACGGCGUACCACACAAUUCAGUGUCUCCAAGACCUGUUCUCGCGUUUUGGCGUACCCGAGACCAUCGUGACCGACAACGGACCACAGUUCGUUUCCGAAGAAUUCAAGAGCUUCGUCAAAGGCUUCGGUGGUCGUCAUAUCGUGAGUGCAGCGUACCAUCCAAGCACGAAUGGCCUUGCGGAGAGAUUUGUACAGACAAUGAAAUCUGCGUUGCGGAAAGGACGACCCCAAGACUCCUUGCAGGCAACCUUACAGACGUUCCUGGUGACGUACCGCAACACGCCGCAUGCGACUACAAGAGAAACUCCAGCAAACCUUUUCAUAGGUAGACGACUGCGCACGAGACUCGACGCAGUCAAGCCUUCUGUCGGGGGAAGAGUGGCUCAGCAACAGCUCUCCGAUAUGGUGCGACGCAAGGCACGUGAGCGACUUUUCAACAUCAAUGAUGAGGUCCUCGUGAGGAAUUACAGAGGUCCUGAGAAAUGGGUCCCUGGCACUAUCAUUCAGCAGUCUGGCCCCGUUUCAUACAAGGUUCGCGUUAGAACGAAUCAUGGGGUGCUCAUUUGGCGUCGUCAUCAAGACCAGCUACUGCUCAGCAUCGACAGCUCAAAGCAGAGCAUCACGGAAGAUUUUAUUCCAGAUUUCAGGGAUCCUGAGAGCGCCAACGAGCCAUUUCCAGCUGCGGCCCCUGCGGCAACGACCGACCCUCCAGGGGAGCGACGCUAUCCACAGAGGGACCGGCGACCUCCUGACAGAUAUCAGCCAUAGCAUUAGUUGCAUUGUAUAAUGUGGCAAAAGGACUUUGUGCUCAUUAGGAGGAAGGAGAUGUUGUGUGCGCGCGAAACCAAGCACGCGUGUUAUCGCGUGCUGUCUGCACAUGCUCUCUGCCCGGCUAUCUCUUAUCGGGUAGCCCGUGCUGGCUUUAAAAGACCGCUCGCACGGGCCCACCGCGCGCAGUAUGUAACCUGUUGGCUGCCUGCCAAGUAGCAGGAAUAAACGUUCUUUCGACGCUACGUCUACGCCGCCCAGUUCUUGGAUGC